GAAUAAAACUACACGGCGAACUAACAAAAAAUCAUCCCCAAACCAGAAAUCUAAGCGAAAGAAGACAGAGAACGCCAACGACGACGAAUGAAGUCACACUCUGAUCAUCAAUAACAACAACAACAACAGUCAAUCGAGUCAACCCAAACCCUCACUUCCUUCCUCUUUUCCUUCUCAUCCAAUCAUCCAAAACUCUUCAUUAAUGGCCGCCAACAAUUUUCUCUCUCCUCCUUCAAAACGUCCUCUCAUGUCUGACUCCUCCAAUUCUCUCUCCUCCAACACCACCACCACCAAACGCGCCAAACCACAACCACCACCAUUACCUAUCCCCGCCGGCCACGCGUCCCUCCGUAUGCUCUGCCACGCGUCACUCAUUAGCAGCUUCAUUGGAAAAUCUGGUUCUUCAAUUAAAACCCUGCAACUCAACACUGGGUCAAAAAUCCGAGUUGAAGACUCGCUUCAACUCGGUUCCGAUGACCGAGUUAUUGUGAUUGUUGCACCAAAUAUACGUAUCAAGAAGAUGAGUUCGCUACAUGGAAAUGUUGAAUUUGAGAUGGAAGUGUCUGCAGUGCAAGAGGCAGCAGUUCGGGUUUUCGAGAGAGUGAUGGAGAUUAGUGGAGAGGUAACGACGGCGUUUUGUAGGCUUUUGGUGGAGGAGAAUCAAGCUGGAUCAGUCAUUGGGAAAGGUGGGAAGACUGUGGAGAAAUUGAGGAGAGAGAGUGGUGCUAAAAUUAGGGUUUUGUUAGGGGAUAAAUUGCCUCCUGGUGUUUCUUCUCCUCAUGAAGUGGUUGAGAUUGAGGGGGAUGUAUUGGCUGUUGAAAAAGCUCUUCUUGGUGUUUGCGGCCAACUUCAAGAAUGCAGGCAAGCAGAUAAGUCGAGCAUCAAGGACAAUGAGAGCAGACCUUCAGAAUUGAAUUCAAAAUCCUCAGUAAACGAGUUUCGUGCUGAUCCUCCUCGUCAUCAGAUGCCGUCAUCUGUGGUAACUACCUCUUAUAGUCCUGCUUUGGUGGGAAGACCGUCAUCGUUUGAGCCUGAUAGGCUUCGUAUCCGAUCUAAUUCACAGUCAUCAGUAUAUGAUUUUCAUGCUGAUCCUCCUCUUCAUCAGACGCCGUUAUCUGUGGCUACUACCUCUUAUAGCCCUGCUAUGGUGGGAAUGCCGUCAUCGUUUGAGCCUGAUAGGCUUCAUACCCAAUCUAAUUCACAGUCGUCAGUAUAUGAUUUUCGUGCUAAUCCUCCUCUUCAUCAGAUGCCAUUAUCUGUGGCAACUACCUCUUAUAGCCCUGCUUUGGUGGGGAGACCGUCAUCGUUUGAGCCUGAUAGGCCUUCCACCCAAUCUAAUUCACAGUCAUCAGUAUAUGGAUUUCUUGCUGAUCCUCCUCUUCAUCAGAUGCCGUUAUCUGUGGCAACUACCUCUUAUAGCCCUGCUUUGGUGGGGAGACCAUCACUGUUUGAGCCUGAUUGGCCAAGUACCCAAUCUAAUUCACAGUCAUCAGUAUAUGGAUUUCGUGCUGAUCCUCCUCUUCAUCAGACGCCGUUAUCUGUGGCAACUACCUCUUCUGGCCCUGCUUUAGUGGGGAGGUCGUCGUUGUUUGAGCCUGAUAGGCUUCAGAACCCAGACAUAAAAUUGCAACAACAAGAAGUAGUUUUUAAAAUUCUUUGUUCGAAUGAUAGAGUGGGUGGCGUAAUUGGAAGGGGAGGAUCGAUUAUCAAAGCACUUCAAGAAGAGUCAGGGGCUAGUAUAAAUGUUGGAUCUUCUGUUGCUGAUUGUGAUGAGCGAUUAAUCACUAUUUCUUCUAAAGAGGAUGUGGACUCAAGAAAUCCUCCUGCACAACGUGCUGUUGUUCUGGUUUAUUCUAGGUCUGUUGAGGCUGGUGCAGACAGGGGGCUCGAAACAGGCUUGAACAAGGGGUCCUCAGUCUCUGCACGACUUGUAGUCCCAUCCAAUCAAGCUGGUUGUUUGUUGGGUAAAGGAGGUGUUAUAAUUUCUGAGAUGAGAAAGGCAACUGGAGCUAGCAUACAUAUACUUAAAGGAGACCAUUUGCCAAAGUGUGUUGCACAGGAUGACGAAGUAGUCGAGAUCUCAGGGCAGUUCGUGAACAUACAAGAUGCUUUGUAUCAUGUAACUAGUAGGCUUCGAAAUAACCUUUUCACAAGUAAGACCACAAACACCUCGGGAAGCGGGAAUGGUAAAUUAAUUUCAGAUACUACUAUUCAUGGAAGUGUCAGAGAUAUGACACCUAGUAGUUUGCGCCAUUCUUCAAUGACAUCUAUGUCUAUAAAUGGACAAGCUACUUUAAGGCAGGGUUUGGAUCCAUCUCUGCGUCCUCAUGUGUCAGAACAUUCUCCUUCAGUAGGCCUUCGAACAUCUGAGACUGCUGGAGUAAAUCCUAGGAGUUUUGUGAAUCUUGGCCGAGGUUUGGCUUCUGCUAAUGGUGGAGUAGAUCUUGGCAGACCACAUAGACCAGCUUUUGUCACAAAUACAAAAGUGGAGAUCUCGGUUCCUGAGAGUGCUAUCAGCUCAGUCUAUGGCGAGAACGGGCGCAAUCUAACGCGUAUACGACAGAUAUCUGGUGCACAAGUUAUUGUGCAUGAAGCUCUUCCUGGAGCGACACAUAGGACCGUUGUAAUAUCUGGGGCACCUGAUGAGACCCAGGCAGCUCAAAGCCUCCUUCACGCAUUCAUUCUUACUGGGUCAUCCUGACAAAUUAUUCAACUUGUGUAAUUUUUCAUUUAAGUUAAUUCAAAUUUGUUGUAACCUAUGUAGAUUUAGAUCUAUUUCCCAAAAACCGUAGAUUAAAUCCAAAGAAUUGUAUAUUUUGGAAUGCAGAGAGCUGAUUCUUUGACCAUGUAAACAUUAAUUUUGCAGCUAUUUAUUUUUUAUCUAUAUAUGCAGAUAUUUUAGCUAUA